AUGUUUUUGCCCGAGGAUAUAGUCCCAAAGCCGCGUUUCGACCAAGAAAUCGAGCGUUUAGAAUCUGAAAAAGCAGUCAGGGCCUCUCAAUAUCCAACUAUCUCUCAACUCUAUGAUCUCCGCAAUCAAAAAAGGGCAUUGGAAUUUGAGCUUUUCGAUAAAGACGAUCGAUUACUUGGAGAGGAAUAUGACGAGGAUUUGGCUAAGCAACUGAAAACGAAGCUUGAAAAUCUUAUGGGACAAAUUGACUCCCUCCGGAACCGAUCUGAAAUAGAGGCGAUCAAGGCUCGGGAACGUGAAAUAGAAGUAUGGAAUCGUAAAAGAGGCCUCAACUGCCUUUCGAAGGAGAUGCCAAGGGGUGCCUUACGCGAGCCAACCAUUUUGAUAAGUUCGCCUUCUCAUCGCAUCUGUGAUGAUUGUUCGUUGUUCAAAAACAACGUCAACCGCUUUUUUGGUCUUUCGAUUCAGCUUUAUGAGUGUACUAUGUGA